CGCCCCACGGCGCCCUCACCUCGCGCCCGACGCCUGCUCACCACUCCAGGGCCUGAGGAGGAGCCGGCGGACAUCGACUCAGUUACUGUGCAGGCUCCUCCUCCGGCCUGCAGCUUUGGGGGUCGGCGUGGGUGUCGGAGAGACUCAGGAUACAGUAUUUAAUGAAAAAUCCAUGUUUAAGCAAUAAAAAUGGCAGGCUUCCUAGAUAAUUUCCGAUGGCCAGAAUGUGAAUGUAUUGACUGGAGUGAGAGAAGAAAUGCUGUGGCAUCCGUGGUUGCAGGCAUAUUGUUUUUUACAGGUUGGUGGAUAAUGAUUGAUGCAGCCGUGGUCUAUCCUAAGCCAGAACAGUUGAACCAUACUUUUCACACUUGUGGUGUGUUUUCUACAUUGGCUUUCUUCAUGAUAAAUGCUGUGUCCAAUGCACAGGUGAGAGGUGACAGCUAUGAAACCGGCUGUCUAGGAAGAACAGGUGCUCGAGUUUGGCUCUUCAUUGGUUUCAUGUUGAUGUUUGGGUCACUUAUUGCUUCUAUGUGGAUUCUUUUUGGGGCAUAUGUUACCCAGAAUACUGAUGUUUAUCCAGGAUUAGCUGUGUUUUUUCAAAAUGCUCUCAUAUUUUUUAGCACUCUGAUCUACAAAUUUGGAAGAACUGAAGAGCUUUGGACCUGAGAUCACUUCUUUUUGGGGAAUUGAACCACGACCUCAUGCUUGCUAGCAGGCGCUGUGCCAUUGAGCUAUAAUCCCCAGCCCCAAGAUCACUUCUUGAAUCACAUUUUCCUUUUGUUACAUUCUAUUUCUAGAUGUUUUUAUCUCUUGAUAUAAUUUACACAUUGCCAAAUGGAGUAAUUGUACAUUGAAUGUUUUUGUUUCUUUACAUUUCUAUGCCCUGAGUUCUGAAAUAGGUUUAUGAAAUUUCUGUCAUUUUUUCAUUGACUAGACUGUUAAUGUGUACAUAAUAUAAGACUAUACAGAUUGGAUGCUGAGUAUCAGUUUUUUAUCCCUGACACUUAGAGCUUGAUCUGUUCCAUCAUUUUAAAGGUAAAUACUGUCUCAGUGUUUCUAAUUUCUGAAGAUGUACAAAAAAUGUAUCUCUACAUAUCUGGAAUAAGUACCAAGCCAUUUAAAAAGGUAUUUCUGUAAGUGGUAAUUUAUUUUGGCUUAAAAAUGAGAUGUUUUAAAGCAAAGAGUUUGUUCUUCUGUAUUAAAAGAAGUGGAGUUUUAUAUGAAGAUUUUUAAAAAUAUCCACAGAAUUAGUUGGAAAGCCUCUUUUAAAUAAUUUACUCUGCUAUGAUUUUAUUUGAAAAGGGAUAAUACAUGAUCAGAUAAACUUGGUUUUUAUGGUUAAUGUAUAAAGACUGCAAGUCUGUUCAGUGAGCUACCAUAAAAGCAGCUGCAGUGAUCUGUGGGGUUCUCUUUUGACAUGCUUGCUGCUGUAUGUCAGUACACAAAAGUUGGGUAGCAAGCAAGUCUAGGACUACUGCAUUUUAAAAGCAUGAACCAUGUAACAGAAAGUGGAAUAGUUUAAAGUACUUCUCCCUGAAGGGAAUUAUUAUGACCUAGUAAAACAAUCAUUUCAACUGUUUAGUUACUGACUGCAAGUCUCUCUUUGCUGUAGCUCCAAAGCUUUGAGUGAAUAGUUGCUGCAAAAUGCAUCUUUAACUGAAAUUUCACACUCCAAUCCAAAAGCUCUUUACCUACCUGCAAUACUGUAUUUGUACUGUAAGUAUUCUAUGGACCCUUAUCAAUACUUUUGCUUUCCUUUGUUAAAAAGAUUUUGUGUUGCACUUUUUUCCUCAGAGGGAUUUUAUAGAGCCUUUUGUCCUAAAGUGGGAUAAUAUCAAUAGUAGUAUAUGCAAAUUCUAAUGCAAGCCUUACUCUGCGUAACUUCUGAGAGGACUUACUGACUGUGCACAGAGUAUGAAGCAGUUGCGGAAAGCUGUGCCUUUGUCUAGAUACCAUCUUUUUUGUUACUUGUUUUUUUCCUCAAAAUGCUAGUGAGCUGUGUCUUGUUUCCAGCAGAUUUUAAAAGUACUUGUUUGCUCUCUUAGAAUCUUUUGCAAUAAACAUUGUUUGUCACACAUUCUAAUAUUGUUUGGAAAAAUGAACCAUAAAGUUGAUUUAUUCUUCACUUUUUAAUUAUUCAAGUUCAUUGAACAAGCAGUUCAUUCUUAAGAGGAGAAAUACAGUAAUAUACUUAGACUUUAAAAUGCCAAUGUGAAGGUUUAUGAAGGAUAUUCCUAAAAAAAGGGUAUUCCUGAAGACCAACUGAAAGUGAUGAUUUUUUUUUAUUCUUGACUCUGACAUGAAUUUUCAUAUUGUAAGCAAAUCAAUUAAUUUUCUCAGUUUACUUUUAAUUUAAAUGAAUGUUGGUAUCUACUCUUAGAGAUACUGUGAGUUGGUAGAAUUCAUAAUUACAUGUGACUCCCUUAAUAAAGAUCUUGCUGUUAAAACAA